AAAAAAAUUAGAAACACUUUCUUUAACCAAUAAGCACCCUAUUAAGAAAAGGAACAACAGAGCAAGACGAAGCCACAAAUACAAGGGAAACAAGAGAAGGGAAAAAAUCAAGACAAUUGGGGAAGAAGAGACGAGAGAAUAUGCAGUCCCCAUGCCUGAAGGAAGCCACACAAGGCUGCCUUCAUGGCUGUUGUCCUAGCCCCUUCCUCAGCGUACCAGAAACCGAAGAAACGGUUUCUAAACCCAGAAGCACCUCAUCGUCCUGUCGACACAAAUUUGCGAUCACGACAACUUCAUCUUUCUUCCCAAAUACCCAAUUCACCAACCAUGAGUCUCUCCCUUCUUUGCAAGAAUCAUUCACCCACUUCACCAAAUCUUAUCCGGAGUACUUGGAGACUACACAAGUUGAUCAAAUCCGGACCCAGGAGUACUACCACCUCUCCCUCUCCAACCAUAUCUGCCUUGAUUAUAUAGGCAUCGGUCUGUUCUCACACUCACAGUUCCAAAACCAAUACUCCUUCACAACCCCAAUUGCUUCCACUUCUUCCCCACCACCUCAAUAUACAGAUUUUCCAUUCUUUGGUAUAUCCCACAAGUCCGUCAAUCUCAAGUCGCAGCUGCUUCCUGGUGGGGAGGGAUCUGAAUUGGAAUCCUCCAUUAAGAAAAAAAUCAUGGAUUUUCUUAACAUCUCUGAAAAUGAUUACAGCAUGGUUUUUACUGCAAACAGGUCGUCCGCUUUUAGGCUUGUCGCAGAGUCUUACCCGUUUCAGUCCAGUCGGAAGCUUCUAACAGUUUAUGACUACGAAAGCGAGGCUGUUGAAGCCAUGGUUAGUACAUCAGAGAAGAGAGGAGCUAGAGUCAUGUCAGCAGAGUUCACGUGGCCUAGACUAAGAAUUCACUCGGCGAAAUUGGGGAAGAUGGUUGUGAGGAAGAGGAAGAAGAAGACAAAUCGGGGACUGUUUGUGUUUCCUCUCCAGUCUAGAGUGACAGGAACCAGUUACUCUUAUCAGUGGAUGAGUAUGGCACAGGAAAACGGGUGGCAUAUCUUGCUUGAUGCCUGUGCGUUGGGGCCAAAAGACGUGGGUAGCUUCGGCCUUUCUCUAAUACGCCCAGAUUUUCUGGUUUGUUCAUUCUAUAAGGUAUUUGGGGAAAACCCAACAGGGUUUGGUUGUCUCUUUGUCAAGAAGUCGACCGUUCCACUCUUGGAAUGUUCUACAAGCACAGGUAUUGUAAGUCUCGUCCCACCGAACAAGUUAUUUUGUUUGCCUGAAGAUUCUUCUGGUACUGACACAGAACUUGAACAAGCAACCGGAAGUAGGAACCAAGAGAGAGAUAUACGUAAAUCAAGCUCUUUCUCGAGUCGUAUGUCUGUUCAAUCUAUAAAGAACAGCCGACACAAAACGGUAGAGGCCUCUCAGAUGCACGAAUCAGAAGUAAAAGCAGAACAAGAAGGACCAAAAGAUUCAGAAAAUUCCAUUCAACCAGUCCAAGAGCAGGCCACACAGAGCGAGAGUCGGAGCUCAGAGAUUGAAUGUAGGGCCAUGGAUCAUAUGAAUUCACUUGGUCUCAUGUUGAUCAGUAACAGAGCAAGGUUCCUGAUAAAUUGGCUGAUAAUUGCAAUGACAAAACUCCAGCAUCCAAAUGCAGAUGAAAUGAUUCCUUUAAUCCAAAUCUAUGGGCCAAGGAUAAAAUUUAGUAGGGGACCAGCAUUGGCGUUCAACGUGUAUGACUGGAGAGGAGAGAAGGUGGAACCUGUUCUUGUACAGAAGCUUGCCGAUCGAAGCAACAUUUCGCUCAGCUAUGGCUUUUUACACAACAUCUCGUUCCCAGACAAGUAUGAACAAGAGAGAGGGAGAGUUUCAGAGAGAAUAAAAACUGGAGAAAAGGUGAGGGUAGGAAGCAAGAGGACAAAGUCCGAUUACGUAAAUGUGGUUACAGUUGCACUUGGGUUCUUGACAAAUUUUGAGGACAUUUACAGGCUUUGGGCUUUUGUUGCUCAGUUCCUGGAUGCAGACUUUGUGGAGAAGGAGAGGUGGAGAUACACAGCGUUGAACCAGAAGACUGUGGAAGUCUAGAAAUUCGAUUUUAUUUGUUUUUCUUCCAGAUUAUCACGUCCAAAGAAUACGUGUUUCAGCCAGGUUAAGAUUGUAUUUGCAGUUGCAUAUUCAUUCACAAAAUAUUUAUUCUUCUGGUUAA